AUGAGCACUUCUAGCCACCCGCCUGGCAGUUCUGGCUCGCCCGAUUUCCGAGCCUCGGUUGGUACAAGUAGUACUGCAAUCGACACUGGUGCUCCACGAUUGAGGGCACCGCGGUCGCUCCCUCCCUGGAUCGACUCCUAUGAGACACGAUAUGGACAGGUCACAGAAGACCAGCUCCAACUACUAUCACCACCACCGCGGGCUGUCCCUCCCCAGCACAACCACGCGCCGACCGCACUCGACCGCCGAGUAUCCCGUGAUGGUUACGUCGACCUAGCCGGAGACCCGAUUCUGGAAAACGCCCGCCCGCGCUCGAAAAUAAAGCUUACGGACGUCUUCAGAGGCAAAGGAGCGCAGCACGGUAGAAAAUGGGAUCAUUUACGAACCGCAGAGCCCGUUAUUGUGUCGGCGCAUCGGCCGGCAACACAAGGUCCGCCGGCAGCAUGGAGAGAUUUCCUACAAUCAUCAGCCUAUGGGCACAUGGAAGGCGAAGAGUCGGAGGUUGUAGACGUUGAAGUGCUGGAUAAGCUGCAGCCCGACUUUAACAGACGAUACGACGAGAACGCGCACCGAGACGUUGAGAGCAAGACUUCAAGGAGGAAGCGGUCGAGGACGUUGUGGAAGAGGUUAUGGAGCCUCAUACUGCGACACUACCUUAUUCCUCUCACCUUUCGACUUACCGUUAUGGUUACAUCCAUCAUUGCCUUGGCCAUUGCAGCUCGUAUCUAUCAGGUCGAGAACGCUAAGAGCGGGAGCAGCCCUGAGCGGGCACAAAGUAUUGUUGCCAUAGCUGUCGAUACAGUCGCACUGCCCUACAUUGGGUACAUGAUUUGGGACGAGUACACAGGCAAGCCUUUGGGUCUCCGUCCGGCUGUCCAGAAGAUCUCCCUGAUUCUCUUGGAUCUCUUCUUUAUUAUUUUCAAAUCGGCCAGUACAUCCUUGGCGUUUGAGUCAUUGGUUUUCCAUAACGUGGAGUCAGGCCCGGCGAGGCACCUGUCCAAGGCACUGGCGUCCUUUAUGCUGGUGGGAUUGCUAGCAUGGACUAUGAACUUCGUGGUUAACAUUUUCCGUACAGUACGACGACUUGGAGGCGGCGAGGAUGAAAGCUCUCACGAUCAUAUGUAG